AUGAGCAGCCCGGAGGCCGAGCAGAGGCGGGAGGCGGCCGCGCAGGCCAGAGGCGCCGGGGGGCCGGGGGGCCGGGGGGGGGGGGCGAGCGCGCGGGCUGGAAGGCGUCCGUGGCGGAAGAGGCCCCUGCAGCGCCGGGCCGUGGCGUGCCGUGCCGUGCCUCUGGGCGCGUGCAGAGAGGGCGCCUGCAGCGCGCUCCUUCGGGCCGCCUCCCCGCCGCCGCCGCCGCCGCCUCCUCCUCCUCCGCGCGCCCCGGCCUCGCGGGCUGAGCUGGGCUGGGGGCUCCUCCUGUGCCCUGGGCAGCCGCGCCUCCGGGCCUGCUGGCCGGCGGAGACCGUGGCCGCUCCGGAGGGCAGCGUCUCCGCCUUGUCCCGGGCCGAGGAGCGGCCGGCCCAGCCCAGCCCGGCCCGCCUCCCACGUCCACGGCGGGCGGGCGGGCCCCUGGGCGGGCUGCGGGCUGGAGGGGUGCCCCCACGGCCGGCUCGAGGGCCCUCCUGGUCGCUGUGGAAGGCAAAGGCCUUUCUCUCCGGGGUUCCAGUGAAGACUCGCCACCCGCCCCGCUUGCCGGCCCGGAUCAGAGAAAUCAUCACCAAGAACCUGACCGAAGGUGACAGAGAAGGUGUGGCUGGGAUGUCCGCCCUGCUUUCCCCGCAGGAGGAGAACCGCAUCUUGCAGCAAGAGCUGUCGCGGGUGGAGGACUUGCUGGCGCAGAGCCGUGCGGAGCGGGAUGAGCUGGCCAUCAAGUACAACGCCAUCAGCGAAAGGCUGGAGCAGGCGCUGCGCCUGGAGGCAGGGGAGCCGGAGGCGCUGGAGAGCCAGGGCUUGGCCCAACACAACAUUGAGCUGCGCCGGCGGCUGGAGGAGGAGCAGGCGGCCUACAAGCGUAAGCUGCAGGCGUACCAGGAGGGGCAGCAGCGGCAGGCCCAGCUGGUGCAGAAGCUGCAAGGCAAGGUCCUGCAGUAUAAGAAGAAAUGUUCAGAGCUGGAACAGCAGCUGGGGGAGAAACCGUCUGAGCUGGAGCAGCGGAGCAUGGUGAGCUGCCAGGACCUUGCGGAGUCCCGCCUGCAUCGUGAGGAAGAGGAGCCCAGCAGCAGCGACCUGGAGAACGCUCUCAUCCGCCUGGAGGAGGAGCAGCAAAGGAGUGCCAGCCUUGCCCAGGUGAAUGCCAUGCUGCGGGAGCAGCUGGAGCAGGCCAACACUGCCAACCAGGCCCUCAGCGAAGACAUCCGGAAGCUGACGGCGGAUUGGUCGAAAGCACGGGAGGAGCUGGAGCAGCGGGAGGGGGAGUGGCGUCGGGAAGAGGAGUCGUUCAACAUGUACUUCAGCAGCGAGCACAGCCGACUGCUCAACCUUUGGCGCCAGGUGGUGGGUUUCCGGAGACACUUCAGUGAAGCGAAGACCAUGGCAGAGAGAGAUCUCUUGGAGUUGAAUGGUGAGCUGUCCCGGUGCAGCCGCCUGGUGCACGCCGCCUGCCUGAACCUGAGUGGCAGCCUCCGUCUGUCUGAGAGCAGCGCCGGCGCGGCUCUGGAGAAGCAGGCUCUGCUCACGGCCCAGCUGGAGGAGCAGCUGAAGGACAAAGUCCGCGACAUGAUCCAGCUGCAGGUCAGGUGUGAUGCAGAGAAGGCUGAGCUGAGCAGCAGAGUCAACGAGAUCACCUCCGCCUUAGAGCGCCUGAAAUCCCAGAAUGCAGAGAAGGCCAGCACCAUAGAGAGGCUCACCCUGAAGCUGGAGGCCCAGGAAUCUGCACGUGCCCAGGAACAGGCAGCUGUUGAGGCCAAGGAGAUGGAAGCCUUGCGAAGCGAGUCGGAAAUGCUGCAGCAGACACUGCGAGACCUGGCUCAGGCUGUCCUCUCCGAUGCUGACAGUGCCGUUCAACUCCCGUCCACUGAACGGACGACCGAUGUGUUGGACAGUGACGCCACUGACUUCAGCUUGCGCGCCUUGUCCAGCAAUCUCCGGACACCGUCCCCACGGCGGCGAUCCUCCCCCCGCCGUAGCCUCUCCCCGGUCUUCUUGGACUCCACGUUUGUGGCAGUGCGGUCUGCCUUACACAAGCGCCAUCUGCAGCUGCAGGAGGCCCGCAGGAAGUACGAAGCCAGCCAAGAGCUGAUGGCCUCCCUGAAGAGGCAGUUGGCUGAGGGCGACCGAGAGCGCUGUUCCCUUGAGCAGAGGGUCCUGCAGCUGAGGGACGAGGCUGCCGGCCUGGCACAGGCCAAGGAGGAUGCCCUGCGGGAUGCCAGCCGCUUCCAGACAUCAGUGGACUUUCUGGCCAGUGAGAAGACUGUCCUGGAGAAGAAGCUGGAGGCCCUGCAGCAGAAGUUCGAUGCCUGGGGGCAGGAGAAUGAGGAGCUGCUGCGGUCCAGCAGCGACCUGCAGUGCCGGUGCGAGGCCCUGGAGGCAGAGAAGGCAUCUCUCUUGGUGGACCGGGAACGAGGCCGGAAGGAGGUCGAGCGUGGCCACAAGCAGCUGGAGCACCUGGAGGGGCAGAGGUCAGCCCUGAAGAAGGAGUUGGUGCUUGUCCGGGAGGCCCUCAACAAAGCGGUCCUGGAGAAGGAGGUGGCUGAGAGUGAAAAGCUCCAGGGUGCCGAAGCCCUCGCCCAGGCAAAGGUGAACCAUGCUGAGCUGGAGCGGACCCUGAACAGGCUGCGGGCAGAGGAGGCCUCCGUGCGGGACUCUCUGGCCAAGAUGAGUGCCCUGAACGAGGGGCUGGCCCAGGAUAAGGCAGAACUCCACCGCAUCAUCGGCCAGCUGGAAGAAGAGAAGGCGGCCCUCCUGGAGGCAAAGCAGGCGGCGGAGCAGGAGAAGGCCACGAUUCGGCUGGAGCUGGUGCGGCUGGAGCAAGAGAGGCUGGACCUGGCUGCGCAGCGCCAGGCCGCUGGGCAUUCUCUGCAGGCAGCGGAGCAGAGCAGGGAGAAGCUGGAGCGGGAGCUCUCGACUCUGCAAGGGGAGCAGGAGCUGGUUCGAGGGCAGCUGGCCCAGCUGUCUCGCCAGAGGGAUGCGGCCGACGAGGCGCUGGCGCAGGUGCGCAGGGAGCUGGAGCGCCACAGCGAGGCCUCGCUCCGGGCGGCCAAGGAGAAGGAGGGGCUGAUGAAGGAGAAAGCCAGCCUGGCUGUCCAGCUGGCCGCUUCGGAGCGGGACAAUCGGGGGCUGGCAGAGGAGAUCGCAGGCCUCAGGUCAGAAAAAGAUGCCUUAGAGACGACCCUCUUUGACGUCCAGCAGCGUCUGACUCAGGUGGACGACCGGAAGGAGCAGCUGGAGUCCCAGAGCCAGGCCUUGCGUCUGGCCAGAGAAGCCCUGCAAGUGGAGCUGGGCAGUGUCCGCCAGCAGAGGGAGGCUGAGGUGAGCCGGCUGGAGAGGGAGCUGCAGCUCCAAGCCCAGAGGUGGUCUCGGGCGGAGGAGGAGGCCCGCACCGCCCUGAGGACCAGGCAGGCUGCACACGAAGAGGAUGUGGCGCACCUUCGGAGGGAGAAAGAGGCGCUGAGGAGGGAGCUGGAGGCCCAGCGGGAGGAGCUGCUGAGCCGCCUGACACGGGAGCAGGAGGAGCUGCUGGCCGGACACCGGGCCCGGGAGGAGGAGCUGAGCAAGGCGCUCGCGUCUCUGCAGCAAGAGCGGGACGAGAGCCUCUUGCUGGCUGAGCACGAGAAGCAGCAGGCCCUCUCCCUCAUGGAGUCAGAGAAGACGGUGCUGAUGGAGAAGCUGUCGGGGACCCAGCAGAGCCUGGCCGGCCUGACCUUGGAGCUGGACAGGCUCAAGCGAGAUGCCCAGAACCGGCAGGAGCAAGAGCGGGCCACAGCUGCAGCCUUGAAUGCGGAGCUGCGGGAUCUGCGCAGGCAGCUGGGGGAAGCCGUGGCGAGUCACAAGCAGGAGGCGAAGGCGCUCCGUGACCAGGCCCGGGAUGUGGGGAAGCAGAAGGAGUUGGCCCUCCGAGAGGUGGAGGAGCUGAGGAUGCAGCUGCGUCUGGUAGAGGAUGCACGGGACUCCAUGCGCCAGGACCUGCUGGAGACUCAGCACCAGGCGCAUGAAGCCCAAGAGAACCAGGUGAUCCAGCGCAAGGAGACCACGGAACUGCGCCGGAGCCUGAGCGAUGAGGCCAAAGAGAAGGAGGCCCUGCAGCGGUCCAAUGCAGAGUUGCGUGCCAGCGUGAAGCGUGCCGAGGGCGACCGCGUCAGUUUGAAGCGUGCCAAUGACGAGAAGGAGCAGAAGAUCUCCAUCCUGGAGGAAGUGUGUGCCGCCCUGGGCAAGGAGGCCACUGACCUGCGCAGCAGCCUCCAAGAGGUGGAGCGGUCGCGGCUGGAGGCCCGGCGGGAGCUGCAGGAGCUGCGGCGGCAGGUCAAGAUGCUGGACUGCGAAAAGACCAAGAAGAACCAGGAAGUGGCCGAACUCCAGGCCCGCAUUGCUCGUGACGAGCAGCAGGAGGAGGAGAGCAGAAGGGAGUCCUUUGGCCUCAAGCAGAAGAUCGUGGCCAGCGAAGCCGGCAGAGAGUCCGCCCGGAAGGAGCUUCACAACCUGCAGCGGAAGGUGACAGAUCUGGAGCGUGAAUUCCACCGGAGAGAGAGAGACUUGCUGGCGAGUCUGGAAGAGGCUCGGGCCAUCGAGAGGAAACUAGUUGACAACAGCCACAACUGGGAGGUCAAGUUGGAGACUGCGCAGGCCGAGGUGGCAGAGCUGAGCCUGCGCCUCAGUGCAGCUGAGGGUCGUGCCCACGGCCUGGAGGCAGAGUUGUCCCGCGUGGAAAGCCUAAAACGAGACGUGGAGUUCAAGCUGGGCAGCCUCUACUCGUCCCUGAGGCGCACCAUGGGCAUUGGCCAGAGAGGCCGUGGCCCCAGCCCGGCCAUCAGGGGGCGCAGCAGCUCUCCCCGGAGACUUCUCUCCCCUCCGAAAGGUGGGCGAGGCAGCCCCACCCCGGAGGGCCACAGCUCGAGCUCCCGAACCCCGUCCCCAGAGCGUAAUGUCUCCCCGAGCCGCAGCGAGCAGCUGGUCGUGGACAUUGACCCCGAAGUGGUGCGGGUUGCGCUCCGGGACUUCCUGCAAGAGCUGAGGGCAACGCAGCGAGAGAGGGAUGAAGCCCAGGGUCGGCUGGCUACCUUGAGCCACCAGCUGGCUGACAAGGAGGUGCAGUGGGAUGCGGCCUGCGCUCAAGUGCAGCAACUGCAGAAGCAGCUGGCCGAGUGCAAUGAAGGGAGGCGCACCAUGGAUGAGAAGCUGAGCAGCACCCAGGGGGCCCUAAUCCUGCAAGAGGAGAUCUUGCGCCGAAACGAGCGGGAGCACACGGCUUUGCUGGACAAGGUGGCGAUGUUGGAGCGGAACGUGCAGGCAGCAGAUGGCGAGAGGAGAGCUGUGCAGGAGAAGCUGGGCGGGAUGAAGGCCAGCGAGGCCAAGAUGGAGGCAGAUAAGCAGCACCUGAAGGCCCUCUUGGACGCCUCGGAAAGUCGCUGCACCCAGGUGGAGCUGUCGAAGUGCUCUCUGGAAGGGGAGCUGCAGAGGGCCCGGCUGGGGCUCUCCGACCGCCAGGUGGAGCUCCAGGGGCUGCGGGACCACCUGGAGGCUCUGCAGAGACAGGUGACCGAGGGGGAGAUGAAGGCUGGCGCCCAGCAGCUGUGCCUGGACCGCCUUAGCCUGGCGCUGGCCAAGGCCACGGAGGCCGAGAGCUCCCUACAUGAGAAGGUGCAGACGCUCUCCGCCUCCUUGCUGGAGGGCAAGGCCAGUGCCAGCUCUGCCCAGGAGAAGGGGCUGGAGCUGCAGAAGGCGCUGGCGGCCAGCGAACACGAGCGGCGGGUGCUGCAGGAGCGGUUGGAGGUUGCCCGCCAGGCCCUCUCCGUAGCCAAGAAGGAGACGGGGCUACUGACGGAGCUCCUCCAGGCCCUUCGGGCAGAGCAGGCGGAGCUGCAGCUGCAGAAGGAAGAGCUGGGCAGCCGUGUGCGCCAGCAAGAAGAGCUGCUGGACCGGUGCCAGGCGGGCGAGGCCGUUGCCCUGAAGAGCCUGCAGAAGGCUCAGGAAGACAAGUGCCUGCUGCAGGAGCGCCUGACCUGCCUGCAGAGGGCCCUGGCGCAGGUGGAGAGCCAGAAACGGGAAGCCGAGCGCGCCUCUCUCCGGCUGGAGAAAGACAAGGUCGCCCUCAAAAGGACGCUGGACAAAGUGGAGCGUGAGAAGCUCAAAACCCACGAGGAGUCGGUGUGGCUGUCGGCCGAAAAGGGGCGGCUGGACUGCUCCCUCACCAGCGCGGAGCGGGAGCUGGCCGAGGCGUGUCAGCAAAUCCGGCUGCUCGAGGCUCAGGUAGUGGAGCUUGAACAGGUCCCAGGCAGGAACGUAGCAGAGGCUUCCCCCCAGGUGGAGCUCGACCGCCUGCGGGGCUCCCAGCUCCAGGCAGCGGAACACAUGCGGGAGGCGCGAGGGCAUUCCCACCGGCAGCGGGUCAAAGGCCUGGAGGAGAGGUCCUGA